AAUUACUUGCUCUUCGAUUCGCAGGUUUUGCUUAAUGAAAGUACCUGUCGCGCUUACCUCUUCCGGGAAUCCAUUGUGGAUUCAUGAGAAUAUAGAUUUAGCGAAGAUUUCUUGUUAUUUGUGAUGUCGGCUUCUGGAUUGGCUGCCUUGCGAAGGGAUAACCGAAGAGCCGAUGUUUCAUUCGUGUGCGAAGGCAAGUGUAUUGCUACGCAUCGCCUCGUGCUCGUUUCGGCAUCUGCUUACUUUCGAGCACUUCUUGAACAAUACGAUGGAAAUGAUCACCCCGUUAUUGUGCUUCGGAAUGUGAAUCCGCGUCAUUUCAAUUUUAUGCUGGACUUCAUAUUUGGAUGUAACCCCGAAAUUCCUAUCGAAGACGUGGAACCGUUGAUGAAAUUGGCAGACAGACUUGAAAAUUACCCUUCCUGCAAGUACGCAAAUCGUUCCAAGUGGCGACGAAGCGGUGGAAACUUCUUGAUGAACUUUACCACCUGCCACGAAAUGCUGGGUUGGAAAGAAGUGUGUGUGUUUCUCUGCUACGAUUGCAUUGCUGCGACUGUCACAAGCUAUGACUGA